AUGCAAGAAAAUGGUAACAUCUCUAGGGAAUUUUCUUCGUUUCACAGAAGUCCAAUAAAGUUUUCAACUGAAGAUUUGUACCAAUCAUUUCGCAGAAACUCGUUUACUGAGAAUGCUGAAAAUGGAUUUAUAUCUUCCCUGAAGGAAUUACCAAAGAGACAUAUUUCUGAAAGCCAACAGUCAGAUAAAAACACGAUGAAAGAUAAACGUAACAUUGAAAGUAGUCGAGAUUCGUCAAGAUUGUUAAAUAAGCGAGGUAACGGACAAUUAGAGCCUAUUAAAAAAUCAAACAGAUAUGCUCAUGUUAAAAGUAAAGUCGAUACCAACCUUGAGCGUAUCGAGUCACCGAAACCAAAGCCAGAACGCACAAAAAACAAGACAAAUCAAGGCAACAAAUAUUUACAAUCUAGCGACAGACGAAUUCAUAGCGCUGUAGUAUGGCGUUCUAAUAUGUCCGACGUUUUUCCGUCACUAGAUAGCCAGCGACGUGCUAUAUCUGCCCAUACAAACAGCACAAAAAACACCCUAAGUCCUGUGGAAAGCGUCGAGUCACCAGGCCGUACCAAAUCGGCAUCCCUCGUUAAGCUUCAGUCUGACAGUGAGAAUGCAAUGUUUAAAAACUUUUCUCCUACAAGCUUCGAUAUAUAUAAACGAAUGGCUACUUCUGUACCAGAAACUAUAAAUCUCAACGACAGAAUAUACCACUCUCACCUUAAUUCGAAAAAUUACCUACAGGAACGUUCUACGAAUGACUCUUUAAAUGUAGCAGAUGCAAAAAAUUCAAAUGAGUUAGAUAAAUACAGUCAGGUAAGAAGUAGCUUUUAUCGUUCCACUUUUCCAGCAUGGUCAAACAACUACGUGGAAGGAAAUCGGCAAAACGAGACGAAACUAGAGAGUCAACCUACUUUAGUAACAUCUAGUGUAACUCCUGUGGUGUGUUGGGCUGCAUCAGUCCAAACAGAAUCCUCUGGAAACAACGAAGGCUACAAAGGGAGUAACAAGUCUUUUUUUUCAACAGCAAGCAUCAAUAGCUCUGCUUAUACUAGCUCAAGUACUAAGAGUGUAGUACCAGUUAAGGACAAUGUUAACAACGAAAGAAAAAAUGACGUCGAUACUAAUGAAAACCCUUAUAAAUAUAAAAAUAACAAUAACAAUAACAACAACAUUAAUCAAAAGAUAAAAAUUAGGCCUAACGAUAGCCUUGAUAUAUCUCGUGACUAUAUCUGGGCAAAAAAAAGCAGUAAAUACGAUGGUAAAUCUUUUUUCGCAGAGCAUGGUCUGACCGCCAGUUCACUUGACACUAACUACAGGUCACUGUCGCACGCAGCAGAAUCUACCAGGAAGCCUGCUGACAAUAGAAGAAACGGUUACGAAAAAGAGCUCCAAAACUUUUUAGGACACUCUUCAACUCUUAAAGAGUCAACAGAUUUACUUCAAAUUCGUGACACGAAGUCUGCUUCUAAUGUCAUCGAUCACUAUUUACUUGAUCGUACGUACAAUCGUGGAACCUCUACUGAUAUAUCUGCGAGUGUAGACCUUAACACGUUAGGCAGUGGGAGGUUCCAACCACAACGACCCACCGAAGCAAAGCGAACAGACACUGUACAUGAUGAGAGAACAUCCGAAAAUAUUAUCGAUAGUUAUUUGAAAGAACCAAGAAAAAACAAGUACUACUUUGAAAAUGAUUUAUUGACGAAAAACAGUACAAGUUACGUCAACGGGUAUUUGCGCGAUUCAAAUAAACAGUACUUUUCUCGGGACAAAAAACUACAGUUAUCGGGGACGGAUCCGCAAGCGCAUUAUGGUACAGAACCAUCCGUUUCAUUAAAUCAAGCAACAAGUAAUAUCCAGUCAUGGAUUGACAGUCUGACCCUAGAAAACGUAAAAAAGCACUCACAAGCUAACCAACCUAAGUAUACCACAACUGAAGAUGUAUAUUCCCGCGCGGUUGUUCUACCAUCUUUAUCGAAGAAAAAUGGCCUGUCAAUGUCUGUCCCGGUAAACUUGAACAAAUUAAACGAUACACGGGGAAAGAAGUCUAUUCUUAAAAGAAAUAAAGCAGUGAGAAUUGCUUUGGAGCAGAAUCGAGUACACUGUUAUACACCUGAAUAUGAUAAAGUAUUUCUCGCCACCUCAUACUAA